AUGAUCAACGCAACGAAGCAGUGGUUACGCCGGCACCGCAACGGAAUCGCCAUUGGUGCCGGUGUUGUUGGAGUUGGCUACUUGGCCGGUCAGUACGUGCUGGGAAAGAUAUCAGAAGCCAGAGAGCGGAUGAGCAGCGAGCGGAUUGCGCGGGAGAACCUACGACGACGGUUUGAACAGAACCAGACGGACUGUACCUUUACCGUGCUUGCCCUGCUUCCGACAGCCACAGAAAACAUACUUGCUGCGCUCCCGGUCGAGGAACUGACGAAUGAGCUACAGCAGAAGCGCGCGGAGAGGCUGGCGAAGCAGCUGAACGGGGGAGAGCUUGGGGCCUCAGAGAUAAGUUCGGAGCCUCCAAGCGCGGUAGACGAUGAUGGGAAGAGUCUAUCGAGUCUUAAGAGCCAUGAAUACCUGCACGCCAGCCAGAUGGGGGAUUCUGUUGUCGGUGAUGGAACACCGCGGAAGAAGAGCAGGACACAGCUGUGGAACGAGCUCAAGGUCAACUCUCUAACAAGAUCAUUCACCCUGCUAUACACCCUCUCCCUCUUGACCUUACUCACUCGCAUCCAACUCAACCUGCUCGGCAGACGAAACUAUCUGUCCAGCGUGAUAUCGCUUGCUUCCCCCCAGGCUGAUCCCGCCAUAAUAAGUCUGGAGGAGAAUGACGGUGACAAUGCGUUUGGAAACGACUUUGAGACGAACCGUCGAUACCUCACAUUCAGCUGGUGGCUUCUACAUCGUGGGUGGAAAGACUUGAUGGAAAAGGUAGAAGAGGCGGUCGUUGAAGUCUUUGGACCACUCAACCCGCGCGAAGAUAUAACACAGGACAGGCUCUCGGAGCUGACUCUACAGGUCCGGAUAAAAGUCGAGGGCGGUACCACCAGCGAGGAGAGGCGGACGAGAAAGUGGCUCCCAUACCUACUACCGGCCGUGGAACAGGAAGACUACGUCCUUCGCGAGUCCGAGGUCUUGUCUUCUGAAGAAGUCUCUCCACAGACAGCCUCUAACCUCCGACACCUACUCGACGAGACCUCCGACCUGAUAGAAUCCCCCCAGUUCACGCACAUACUCUCCCUCCUCAACAACGAGGCCUUCUCCUACCUUAUAGACCACAAGUGCGCCAUCGAUGCCUUUAAGAGGCCACCUAGCGUGCCCGCAACACAGGCCCCGGAGUCGAGCCCAGCAAACAUGUUCUCAUCUUCAGCUACCGUCAUCCCGUCCGACUCUCAACCACCAAACCCAAAGGUGAAGCUGGCCACGAUAUUAGCAGUGGUCUCUCGUCAGUCACAUACCAUCGGCCAGGGCUCGAAUCCACCCAACGAGUACCUCUCCGCGAUGGAAGAAGGGGUGCGGGAACUCGAGGCUUUUGCUGCCGUUGUGUAUAGCAGCAACUUUGGCCUCGAGGUACCAUCGCCAGGAGGUUCUGUAGGCGGUUCCUUCGUGGUCGUUCCUCCAUCUGUAGAGAAACAGGCGCCGACUCCGGAAGAAACCAAGGAUGCAGGUUCUGUCGGUAUAGCUGAGGCGCAGGAGGAGGAGAUCAACUUUGAGUCUGCCUGGGGCAAGGCGACUGAUGCGAUGUAG